GUAAACGUAGAAGAACUCGAAUAAUCGAACGAAGCUCGCAUAAUCAGCUGACGAGGAGGUUCUGGAGAAGGCAUACCGAAGAACAGGAUUCAAAGCGAUAGAGAUGCGCCGCGUUUAGUGCACGUGCGUGUGCACCGUCACACGAAGACGAUAUUGAUUUUCCCCGGCACUUUUGGCGUAGUGCGCACGUACCUAACGCGCAUACACACACACAAACGUGCACACGUUCCACUGGAGUGGGGCGAGCCCCGGUGCGGAGGGCGUGCGCCUCGUUCCUCUUCGAAAUCAUCGUCAAAGUUCACGCAACCGAGUGCACGGAGAGGAGCGAGUAUGGUGAUCCUGUGGUCGGUGAAAAUCGAGCGCAGCGUCCGUCGAUCGAUCCGCUAAUUAACCGUCCUGGUCAACCUCGUUUGGCACGCCAGUGUCUCGAGCUACGUCUCUGGGAAGUGUACUAUCGAAGAAUCCUGUACCAGGUCAGGUGUUGUUCCUGACCGCCCGGCUCGAGGAAGCUCCUCUUUCCUCGCGGUGUCUUCUCGCGUUAAGGGUGUCAACUGUACGAGAAGACUUUUACCGAAUCCGAUAACCACGCAGAGUGCAUCUGGUGUUUACUCGUUGCAAAAACCCCGUGGCGAUACGCACCGGUAACAUCUCCAAGAACAGCACACCUUUCACCCGGUUCAAUUGGAUUCCUUCGCCAAGAGGAGUACCCACCAGAGCGUCCUUAGCUCGACCAGAUAGGUCGAGGUUUAGACGAUCUCGCAAAAGGGACCCCGACUGACGGGGGUUAAGAUCGUCGGGACGGCAGAUGUCAGGAUGCCGGAGCAAAGCAACGACUAUCGCGUGGUGGUGUUUGGGGCGGGUGGCGUUGGUAAGAGUUCUCUUGUCCUGCGUUUCGUGAAAGGAACAUUUCGUGAGUCCUAUAUACCCACUAUCGAGGACACUUACAGACAGGUGAUAAGCUGCAAUAAAAACAUAUGCACGCUUCAAAUUACGGACACAACGGGGUCUCAUCAGUUUCCCGCGAUGCAGCGGCUUUCCAUAAGCAAAGGUCACGCCUUCAUCCUGGUGUAUUCGGUGUGCUCACGGCAAAGCCUCGAGGAACUACGACCGAUCUGGGCCAUUAUUAGGGAGCUCAAAGGACAGGAUAUAUCGCAGAUACCUAUAAUGCUGGUUGGGAACAAGUGCGACGAGAGUCCGUCGGUGCGCGAGGUGUCGCUGAGCGAGGGCGCAGCGGAAGCGGCGAACUGGGGCUGCGGUUUCCUGGAGACCUCCGCGAAAACGAAUCACAACGUGAACGCCCUGUUUCGGGACUUGUUGUUGCUCGAGAAGAAUCGUUCCGUCUCGUUGCAGCCAGUGCAGAGCAACAACGCGAUCAGCCUGAAAGAGAAAUGCGUCGUGAUGUAACCGACCGCGGCCAGAGCGAGGUAGCCAUCGUUCGAGGAUGUUGCGGAGGGGCCUAGGGGACAAAGGGUCCAUAGGUGGGCGCAACCGAAGACAAAGGACGAGGUUCACUCCGUACUCGACACAGGAAAACGUUUGUCGCUCGUUUUUCGACCCGGCGCCUACGUGGCAUCGUCCACCGUAGUCUCGACGCGAUCACUGGGUUCAGUAGGCUAACCUUGCGCGAGCGAAAGGGACGAUAGGUAUCUGCGAGACCACGCGUCGCACAAGGUGCGUCCAAUGCUCUUUAAAACGCGUGAAUCCUGUGUUCGUAUUCAUCCCGAUCGACGUUCGCUUCGGACGUUCGUCGGCGUGUCGCGUAUCGAGCAUUUGACGCGCGUUGUACACCUCUUUCUAACCGAAUGUACUCUAUACUAUUGAUAGAUUUUUUAAUUUUGAUACAGAGCGAUGUACUCGGUCCGCUUCCUAGGUUCCACGAGACCAACAACAACCACGCGUUUUUCAUCCUGCACGAGUUGGCUCGUUAGUCGAGGACAACCUCGCUGGUAGGUCGAUCGUGUAUUGCAGGGAGAAGGAAAUAUCGCGCCUCGUCCUAACUGACAGUCGUGCGACGACAAAAUCGCUCGCAGCUGAGCCGCGGCAAGAGCGGAGGCAGGCUCGCGUUGCCGUGUAGGUUCUACCGAUAAACAAACUUCAAAAAAGUAAAAACAUCACGCCAAAGUAUAUGAAAAAAUGGAGGACUCAAGGAGUUGUCAUUGAAAAAUAGAAGAUCCCCAUAAAAAACUACAAGUAGAAAAAUAUGUGAAAUCGAAAUGACCUGGCAGUACAUGGGGGUGCUUUCCAGCAUAGUGCAAUGGCGACACUGUGUAACACAACUGUGUAGGGGGAUUUUUGGGGGACAAAUUUUGUAGAAGAAUUUUUUUAGGGGUUUUUUAAUAUCAACGCCAUCCGUUGAGGUAGUUGUUCCUCGUUGAUAUUUUGAGUUAAUUGACCAUCCAGUUUAGGAGAUAUAUGAUUAAUCAAAAUACGAAAAUAUGUAAACUAGAUAGUCAAUUACUUCAAGAUUUCAUAGGACUAUUUCUUUGCAAUGGCACGCAUGUAAAUAUGAUUAUAUUUUUACACAUAACGACACUUAUUUAUAUUCGACUAAAUUUUAAAUAAAGUAUCUUUAUUUGUGAGAAACUGUAAUAAAUAAGUAAAUCAAAUAUUUUAGAGGCAAUUGUUCUCUACUGGUUGGCAACAGGGCGGUAACGCGAGCCUGCCCCCAGUCUUGCCGCGGCUACAAGCGAUUUUUGUCGCUGCGCGACCGUCAGUAAGGACAUAGGGUCAGACUCUGGUGCAUAAAGACCAUCGGUCUUGUAUAAUAAUGCAAUCUUCGCUUAGGGAAGACAUUUUUGCGGGGGCAAUCUUCGAACCCCGACCUUUCGAGGAAAAUCUCGAGCAUCGCGUGGGAUUCCUCAGGAACUAUUCAUCGAAACACCCACGGUUAGGGUGGGAAGGCCUGGAAACGUCAACAACACGACUUUUCCAACGCCCCAGGGAAUUAGGAAAGGUAAACGUCUGACCUAACGCGAGAUUUCCUGCCAGGGCUCGACUUUCUUUCUGUCUGCAAUGCGCGUCUUCAACCACGCUGAUUCGUCUCGAGCUUACUAUACGGAAGGGACGCGAUCGUGCCACGAACAGUGGUCGCGUGGUCCCUAUCGCGACCAACGAACCAGCUGAACAAUUUUUCGGAAAGAGCAACCAGUACAAAAGCGCGCGAAGUCGACCACGUAUCUAUAAGGGGGGACACCGUAACUCGUUAUCCCGCGCUCUUUCACGAAAACCGUCGCGUCGCGCUUUCCGAGACUACUGCGCGAUCACUUGGAACCGGUGUCGCUGGGCGUUCCCCCAAAGGAAGAUGGAAACGACGGGGGGCCAGGGGAUAGGAAGACGGGAGAAGAAAUUGAGCGAAUACGCGAACGAGAAACGACAAAACUAGAUAAAAGUUGUUACGAGGUUGGUUUUUGUUGAAUAGUUGUAAGGUUUUUGUAACGAUGCUAAUUAGGAUUUAUUACUAGACUCAACGGAAAGUACAGAGAUAUACACACAUACACGUACGUACACUUCGAGCAGACACACACACACACACACACUCACGUACACGAGACAGGCUUACGCACACAGGUACAUUAGGCACACGCGUUUCUCGCGUUGACCCAGAUUUUAGUGUUUUCCUCCUGUAUGUCGUGCACACGUAGACCGCAGGCGUGUUAGUCUUUACGAGGAGACGCUAAUUAAAGGGACUCGUCGCGAUGGGCUUGUUUUCCUCUCGACGAUUUUCGUUUCACCGCGAUGGCGACGCGUUUAUUGCCGCGGUUUCGAACCGUUUCGCGAAACUUUCGGACGAUUUUCAAACGUUUCCCGGUCACAGGGAUUUUUUCACGUUUUUAUCGGGCGACAUCGAUUCGGUACGCGUACACGUUUAACCCUUCGAGCGCAGAGUACUCCCGGCCAAACCAAUCUGCUGGAAAUGGAAUUCUUUUUUAAGGGGAUUGUACUAUGCGACGACCAGUUAUUUCUGCUUUUUUCCAGGAUUUUUUUUCUGGAUCGCUUAAUUAUACAUACUCGAAAUGUUUAUUACAUUCUCACUGGUGUUUAAACAAACGAUACAAAUUUUCUCGAGCAGAAAUAUAGUUUUUUUUUCUGCGCGCGUGCAGGGCUGUAAAAAAAAUGACUGCUACGACACCGGCUGUUCUCCUUAUCUAAAAUCAAAAAAUGUAGUAAAUAUUUUAUUUAUAAACCUGUGGCUAUAACUGGUAUUUUAUCAGAAAGUUUUGUAAUUUUGACACAGCUUCCGGAACAAACACAUUCUCACGUGAAUAUUUUCAAUUUAAAUCAAAAUGCAAUUUAGAAAGCUGCCGAAAAGUUAAUACGUUAUAAAGACCGAAAUUGUAAACCAGUUAAAGAAAAAUUACAAUUAUUGACCGCCCUGUUAGCGAGAUAUAAUUCGUUAAAAUCUGAACAGUCCGCGUUGUUAUGAAAACUAUGAAAACUGGAGCAGCCGCACAGGCGGGCGGUUAAAUCGCGAAUAGGAGAUUCGUCGGAGGAGACCAUUGCCCACCGGUUUAAAAAGUUUUUCUCAACUUUCUGUCGGUAUCUCGUCGAUACGAUAGUUUUCUUUUCCGACAGCGUCACCGUAUCGCCGGAAGCGAACGCUUUUCUUCCGAGUGGACAGAAUCAUAGAUCAGAAUUUGGCCAAACAGUCGUCGUUUACCAAGGAAUGAUUAGAUCUUCUCGGCGGAUAUCAACGAAUCAAGGUUCCAGCCACUUUGUAGUCAGUUUGUAUCGAUAGUCUGUCCGCUCGUGUCAACGUGCAACUUCGUACGACGAUAGGUUUAAGGGACGAAUCCUGCUAUUCUGUCCAACGCAAAUUACCAAACAAACAAAACGAACGAGAGUUAUCCCGCGGAUAUUAUGAUUCGAUAGAGAUCAACGUUAUCGCUACGAUUAUUACGAUUAUAAUAUUAUUACGAAUCUUCGAACGCUAGCGGUUGUUUUACGGAUCGUACGUUUUGUAGGCAAACGAAGGGAGAUAUCCCGCGUAAUUGUUGAGUAUACGAGCUGAUCGUUAGUAAACGGAUACGUGCUUGCAGCCUUGGGCGAAACGAGGGCUGCUUUCAGACCGAUUCUGCGUCCCCCAAACUUCACGGCGUUCGUUCUACUUUGCUUUUACGGAAUCAUACUUUUACUGCUAAAAGAGUUGAUCACGCUUUCCACUAUCAGGGAAUAGUUAUUUAGUAUACGUUGGACAUUGAAGUAACAUAUUGCCGAUCGAUCAAAAUCAAAGAUAAUAUUCACAGGUAGUAGAUAAGAGUUAAUUUUCAAGAGUCGCAUUAUUUUUAUUUGGUACAUUGUAUUCUUGGAGAAAGUAAUCGUUUUAUUCAACAGUUUUAUGUGAAUAUAAUCAAUGAAAUAUCACCGAUUGCAGGUGUGAAUCUUUAAAGAAAGUUCGUCUUCGAAUGGUUCCACAGACGCGAUGUAUACCAUUUAAAAAAAGCCACGUUAUUAAUCUCCAUAUUUUAAAUUAAGUUAUCGUACGAAGUUCAGGAAAGCGAUUGGCAAAGUGUUAAUGAAAUGUAGCUUAAUCUACGACGAUACUUUUUCCUUCGCGUGAUCAAGGCUCGAUACAAGCAUAAGCAAAUGCUGAAGAGUUAAUAAACCUUCUUGAAAAAAAUCUGUUUCGAACAUCUUCGUAGCAAUGUAACAAUGCAAUUAUUAGAUCGAUCUUUUGUUUUCAAAGAAGAACGAGCAAAAUAAAUAGUUCGGGGACGCCUUGUAGUCCGGGAGACGCUGAACGAAAACUGAAACACUCGGUGAAGCUGACAAGACGUGCGCGUGACGUCUCGCGGCUCGUGCGAAUCUUUUUAUAGAGAUUUGUUUAGUAAUCAUGUACGCUCGUUUACUAUUCGUACAGUCAAUCGACGCAACUCCUAAGGCAUAUAAAUUGUAAAUAAGAUUUUCUAUAUUCAAGUUAGGCCGUGAUGUGGGCGUUAGUUGACCGAGGUAUACGCAUCGUUUGGAUUGUCUGGGGUCGCGACAAGGUUGUCCAGAAAUUGAGAUCUUAUUUAUCCCGAUUCGACGACUUUAAUUAACAUUUCCGAACGUGGCAUAUAUUUUUUUACGAGGCUCGUAGCAUUAGUCACACCGAUGUUCGUUUCACGAAGAAUCACGCAAGUGCGCUGCCUUAUCUCGACUAAUAAGAUAUUAGGGGCUUUCAUGGCCUGGUUCUUCGUGGUUGAUAGCCACAGAGACUUUCGGGUGUUGGCGUUGCAGCUAGCUUCUUCACGAGUCAAAUAACACGCUGGCUACGUAAUUGAAAUAUAAUGAAAUUAAAUAAUGCGAUUGAAUCACGGGCUAAUUCAAUUAGCACAAUUGUGCCUGUAUUUCAGCUACGUCGCACUUUGAUUACAUUGUAAUUCAAUUAUAUAUGAAUUAUACAUGAAUAAUUAAAAAAUGUUUGAAUUGUGUAAUUCAACUGUAAACAAAAUUGAAUGUUACAAUGUGAUUAAAUGUCGUGAUUGGAUAACAGCGUGAUUAAAUUAGCAGAAUUGUGUCAAGUCGCGUUCGCCCCAAUUUUUUGAUUCAUCAACCGAACGAUCGUAACAACUUCUACCGAUGCUCGGCGAAUCGUACAAUGGCCUCGAUGAUUGGCAGUAAACGAACCAUGAGACGAGCACAGGUACUUUCGAGAACCUACACGCGAACGCGAACGCGUCUUUCGACCUCUGAAUAACCAGCUGCAACGUCUUACGUCUUACGUCAAAGGACACGAAACCACGGAAGCCUUCCCAUUUAUUUGAUUGUAUCGUGAUAUUACGAGGCAAAAGCGCGUUAAAUCGAUUCACGCUCGUUUGCGACGGAAACAUCCCCCAAUUAUAGUUUAGGCAUCAAUUCCUCGACAACCUGAUGCAUGGACACGUGCACUCGCGUAUCUGUGCAUGAACGUAUGUACAUACGCACACGUAUUCGCUGUUAUAUUUAGACGCAAGGUCUAAUAGUGUCUAGUCAAAGGCGAAUCUGACCUUAUGGAAUCGACCCUCGGCAGGCUGAGAGACCUGAAACAGAAGCACCGGCUGACUGUGAGACAAAAGAAACGAUCGCGCGAAAACCACCUACACACAAACACGCACGUACAAGUACACGAACACACACAAGCGCGCACACAUAAGUUAGAAGUUUAACAAGAACUUGUAUCCUCUGAUUUUUUCGGGGCCAAUCGAUGUGAUUAACACACGAAUCGUGAGCUUCUUCCGCGCGACGGUAGGUCGACUUCCGUUCCUUUCGCGUCAAUGCAGGAUUCUGCGAUCGUUCGUUUAGAUUCGAUCCUUCGCGGCUUGCGGCGGCUCGCCUCCCCCUCUUUACGUAUUUUUGAUGACUUUUUAUCUCGCUCGAGAAAUUCUCCAUUUUCUAUCUCCCCAUUUUUUACCAAACGACUGCUUCGCCGUGGACCUUUCUACCCUUUUACGAUUUUAUUAGGACCGAUCGAAAGUUCUUUGCCAUUUUUCUUCGUUCUUCCUGCGCUCUCUUUUAACAAAUAUUUAAAUACAGUAAUUAGGAAUUGAAUUAAUUGGAAAGUUUGUAUCAUAUAAUUUAUUUCUAACUUAAUCGAAAUACGAUAUAAUUAAAUAUGUACAUACAUACAUGUACAUCAUUUAGAAACGUAGAUUCUGCUCUACAUUAAUGCAAUUUAUUAAUUUAUAUUUAUAUAGAUACAAAACGGAAUUAUUCUUAUCCCAAUCAAAUACUUGAGACAAAAUGAAAUAAAAUGAAUACAAUUUAUUUUUAGAUAACAUCAUGUAUGAUAUAAAAAGGAAACGACAAUUAUUAAAGUCUCAUCUUUUUCAAAAAAUUUAAAGAAAUUAAUUCAAUGGAUUUGGUAAAAUCGGAAAGAACUUUUGAUUCAGCCUGAUAAAACUAAAGAUUCGUCCUAUAUUUCACAAAGGGCCGCGAUCCUCGAGGGAUCAAGUUCAAUAUUUGAUUUUCUUCGACAAGGGAUGGUCGAUUCUCGUACAAAAAAAUCGAUUUCGAAUCGAAAUUACUGAAAUCGAUUCCCUAAAAAAAUUGACGCCUACAACAUCAAUCUCUCGAAAAUCAUUUUUCCACUCGAAAACUAUAUUUUCUCAUCUUUAGACUAGAUUUGCAUACUUAAGUGUUCGACCUUAAAACUACCAAGCAAGUCAAUUUGAUUAAUGUUAACCUUCGUUUUAAAAUUACUCGGUUAUUAACGAUGCGGUUUGCUACAAUUUUUAAUGGCUAUUAUUAAAUUAAAAUAGAAUUAAGACUAGUUACAUUAAUAAAUUGAUUCGUCUCUCAUCCCUCUAAUUUCAAAGAUACACUACGGAACAAUAUUAUUCGUCACAAUUUUGUCACAUUUCUAAUGCGCAUAAUUCCAUCGAUUGUCAUUGUAUCAAGACAAUUUUUGCCUAUUUUGUAGGUAAUUAUCUGCAUUGUAAGAAGGUAUUCUAGUCUAGAGCGUCAAUUUUUUAGUUCUUUUCGAGGAUUUUUUUUUAAUCUAUAAGGGAUUUUUAUAAAUGUUUAUAAAGUCGUUACGGACUCCUGUCUCUUUAGGCGUUCGUAACUUCGUUUAUUUUCCGAAUCGAACAAAAUCCUUUGGCAGAUAUAUUUUCAAGAAUCUACACUUUAGGAAACUGCUAAAAAAUAGAUCAUUCGAAAGUUCCGGACUAGAAUAUCCCCUCAAGGAGAAACGAAUGCCAAAUGGAUGUCCGUGUUGUACGGGUUUUCCGAUUUUAUCGAAAAAUCGAUCGAGAGUCGAACAUCCCUACCUUCGACGCCGACGAACGCGGGCCGUUUGUGUCUGCGCAUGCGUUAUGGAUCGGUCGCGCGCUCGAGAUCGUCGAUUACUCGCCGAGCCGAACAAGUGUACUUUGAGAGCACAAAUUUUUAUCGCGUUGUAUCGAUAGCCAAGGCACGCACGACCACGAAGAUACAGACCUCGAUGGAUCUCGAACGAUAUUACGCUUUAUUUUUUAUUGUGUGUCCAGAAACGUCCGGUGUACUCUGAUAUUUCGAUGACGGAUCGGUGGCCCCGUUGUUCGAGGACGGGGAACGUUGUUUAAGACGACUGCGCAACAAAUUUUGGGGGAGAAUAGCACUGCGAACGGAAGAAACGCUAAAUGGGAUGUAUAGACGCUUUACCAUACCAGACUAUCGUCCAGAAAUUGGUCUGCACGAUCUCCUCUUGCGAUUUUAGAUGAGAAAUUUAGUGUAUACGAAUUCCUGUGUAACAGUUUACUCGGGUUCUGGUCUAACAAAAAUUAGUUAGCGACAGUGGUGGCUCGAGUUGGAAAAUCUUCUCAGCGAUUUUACGGUUUAGUAGAAAAAGUUUCUUCCGUCACAUAUUUCUCCACAGAUCUUCCAAGUAGCGUGAUUUGCUUGAACGGAAAGUCCCAUAUCAUUGAAACCAUAUCGAGUUUUUUUUAUCAAGUCUUUGGAGAAGAGGUUCGAUUCUCAUUCGUCUUCGAACAACGGCUUCCGGUCGGACAAAAGAAAGGUCGUCCGUGCCAAAUUCCGUUGUCCGUUAUUUAUGGAGUUUACUUAGGCUUAAGCUUGUUGUUAAGUGAUCGAUUUUAAAACACCACACACAGUUCUCUUAAUAUCCGUGUCUUUGUUGGUUCAUACGACAGAACGAAAUCGUAAAUCGUAAACGACCACGAGCAUGCUUGCCACACUUCGCUUUCCUGCAAAAAUAAAAAAAAAAAAAAAAUAUCAUCGAUGUAAAGAAGAAGUCUUU